CAAUGGGAGAACCGGCUGGUGAUGUACCCAUGUCAGCAGAUGGUGAGGAGAGGCAGCAGCAGCAGGAAGAGGAGGCUCGGAUGCAGCAACAAAAGGAGCAGUGAGUGAGGAGAGCUACCAGGAGAACCGGACUAGGUAUUCUCCCUGAUACACCUGAGCCACCAUGUCAGCCAAAGCAAUAUCUGAGCAGACAGGCAAAGAGUUCCUGUAUAAGUAUAUCUGUACAGCCGCUGCAGUGCAGAAUCGCUUUAAAUAUGCACAUGUCACUUACGACACAGACUGGGACAAACUAAUACAGGAGCACCCAUGGCUUCUCACUGAGCCUCUGGUGGUAAAGCCAGACCAGCUGAUCAAGCGCAGGGGGAAGCUGGGACUGGUUGGUAUAAACCUAAACUUGGAUCAAGUGAAGAGCUGGUUAAAGCAACGAAUGGGACAUGAGACCACUAUUGCCAAAGCAAGAGGCAUCCUGAAAAAUUUCUUGAUUGAGCCAUUUGUUCCUCACAAACAGGAGGAGGAAUUUUAUGUCUGCAUUUAUGCAGCCCGUGAAGGGGACUAUGUGUUGUUCCACCACGAGGGUGGUGUGGAUGUUGGAGAUGUGGAUUCCAAGGCCCAGAAACUUCUCGUUGGAGUUGGGGAGCGUCUAACAGAACAGGAUGUGAAGACUCAUCUACUGACCCAGGUUACCCAAGAAAAGAGAGAAGUCCUUGCAAGUUUCAUAACUGGGCUUUUUAACUUAUAUGAUGACCUUUAUUUUACCUACCUCGAGAUCAACCCCCUGGUUGUGACAAAUGACGGUGUGUACAUUCUGGACAUGGCAGCAAAGAUAGACGCCACUGCUGAUUACAUCUGUAAAGCUAAAUGGGGAGACGUUGAAUUCCCACCCCCAUUUGGAAGAGAAGCUUAUCCAGAGGAGGCUUACAUCGCAGACCUCGAUGCCAAGAGCGGAGCCAGUCUGAAACUUACUAUUCUGAACCCACGGGGCAGAAUUUGGACUAUGGUCGCUGGAGGUGGAGCCUCUGUUGUUUACAGUGACACCAUUUGUGACCUCGGAGGAGUGGAUGAACUGGCUAAUUAUGGAGAAUAUUCUGGAGCUCCCAGUGAGCAGCAGACCUAUGAUUAUGCCAAGACCAUUCUGUCCCUCAUGACCAGGGAAAAGCACCUUGAUGGUAAAAUCCUCAUAAUUGGCGGCAGCAUUGCCAACUUUACCAACGUGGCUGCAACCUUCAAGGGUAUUGUGAGAGCCAUCAAGGAUUUCCAAGGCCCUUUGAAGGAACAUGAGGUAACCAUCUUUGUGAGGAGAGGAGGACCAAAUUAUCAGGAGGGACUCAGAGUAAUGGGUGAAGUGGGAAAAACCACUGGAAUUCCCAUCCAUGUGUUUGGCACAGAAACCCACAUGACUGCUAUAGUCGGCAUGGCUUUAGGCCAUAGGCCUAUCCCCAACCAGCCCCCUACUGCAGCCCAUACUGCCAACUUUCUGCUGAAUGCCAGCGGCAGCUCCUCAACGCCAGCUCCCAGCCGAACUGCGUCUUUCUCAGAAUCAAGACCUGAGGACAUAACUCCAGCUAAGAAGUCUAAGCCAGCAAUACCCAAUGAUUCAGCAACUCAGCAUGGACCAACUAAAGCCAAGGCCACUACGUUGUUUAGCCGUCACUCCAAAUCUAUUGUGUGGGGAAUGCAGACCCGGGCGGUGCAAGGGAUGCUAGAUUUUGACUACAUCUGCUCUCGGUCAGAACCCUCUGUGGCAGCCAUGGUUUAUCCUUUUACUGGGGACCACAAGCAGAAGUUUUACUGGGGUCAUAAAGAGAUCCUGAUACCAGUCUUCAAAAAUAUGUCGGAUGCAAUGCGUAAACAUCCUGAGGUGGACGUGCUGAUCAACUUCGCCUCGCUAAGGUCUGCUUAUGAUAGCACUGUAGAGACCAUGAGCUACCCUCAGAUUAGUACCAUUGCAAUCAUUGCUGAAGGAAUUCCAGAAGCUUUAACAAGGAGGCUGAUCAAGAUGGCAGAUGAGAAGGGAGUCACUAUCAUUGGUCCUGCAACAGUUGGUGGUAUCAAACCAGGCUGCUUCAAGAUCGGAAACACAGGUGGCAUGCUUGAUAACAUCCUAGCUUCUAAACUGUACCGUCCAGGAAGUGUGGCUUAUGUAUCAAGAUCCGGGGGGAUGUCCAACGAGCUUAACAAUAUUAUUUCCAGGACUACAGAUGGUGUAUUUGAAGGAGUUGCCAUUGGUGGAGACAGAUAUCCUGGAUCCACUUUCAUGGACCACGUUCUGCGUUAUCAGGACACACCAGGAGUUAAAAUGAUUGUGGUUCUUGGAGAGAUUGGUGGAACUGAAGAAUAUAAAAUCUGUCGUGGAAUAAAAGAGGGCAGGUUAACAAAGCCUAUUGUGUGUUGGUGCAUUGGGACCUGUGCAACCAUGUUUUCAUCAGAGGUACAGUUUGGCCAUGCAGGAGCCUGUGCCAACCAGGCAUCUGAGACCGCAGUCGCUAAAAACCAAGCCUUAAAAGAAGCUGGCGUAUUUGUGCCACGUAGCUUUGAUGAACUGGGUGAUGUGAUCCAGUCAGUGUAUGAGGAUCUAGUUGCCAAAGGUGAAAUUGUGCCUGCUGAGGAAGUGCCACCUCCCACUGUACCCAUGGACUAUUCCUGGGCAAGGGAAUUAGGUUUAAUCCGGAAGCCAGCCUCCUUCAUGACCAGUAUCUGUGAUGAGAGGGGCCAAGAGCUCAUCUAUGCCGGAAUGCCCAUCACUGAUGUCUUCAAAGAGGACAUUGGGAUUGGGGGUGUGCUAGGACUGCUUUGGUUCCAAAGGAGGGUCCCCAAAUAUGCCUCUCACUUUAUUGAGAUGUGUUUGAUGGUGACAGCAGACCACGGGCCAGCUGUGUCUGGAGCUCACAACACUAUUGUUUGUGCAAGGGCAGGAAAAGACUUGAUCUCCAGUCUAACCUCUGGCCUGCUGACCAUUGGUGAUCGCUUUGGUGGUGCUCUGGAUGCAGCAGCCAAGAUGUUCAGCAAAGCCUUUGACAGUGGUCUAAUUCCUAUGGAGUUUGUCAACAAAAUGAAGAAGGAGGGGAAACUGAUCAUGGGCAUUGGUCAUAGAGUAAAAUCUAUAAAUAAUCCAGAUAUGCGGGUACAGAUCCUCAAAGACUAUGUUAAGCAGAACUUCCCUGCUACUCCUCUGCUGGAUUAUGCACUAGAAGUAGAGAAAAUCACCACUUCAAAGAAACCCAAUCUUAUACUGAAUGUUGAUGGUCUAAUUGGUGUAGCUUUUGUGGAUUUGUUGAGGAACUGCGGAUCUUUUACACGGGAGGAAGCUGACGAGUACAUAGAUAUUGGCGCUCUGAAUGGUAUCUUCGUUUUGGGAAGGAGCAUGGGUUUCAUUGGGCAUUACUUGGACCAGAAGAGACUGAAACAAGGCUUAUAUCGGCACCCUUGGGAUGAUAUAUCCUAUGUUCUGCCUGAGCAUAUGACUAUGUAAAGACUUGUAUGACACUCCAGGAAGAAGAUCAAGGAUUUGAUUAUUAUACACACCAUGGGCUCUCCAUGAUAGCCCCUGCAAUGCAAGCCAGUAAAUGUUGUUGUUUUAUUGUCUUAAAGUUAUGGUGUUUUUUUUUUUUUUGUCGGUUAUAUUUUUCCAAAACAACCCAUUCCCUAUUUUACCCAAAGUCUUAGUUCUGUUACUUUGUUUUGAUAUGUGUAGAGAUUAAAUGGUGGCCUCCAAUUGUAUUCACAGCUGUAUUUAUUAAAUGGAAGCAGCAUUAGUAAAUGUCA